GCAGUGUGGGGGCAACACAGGGAGCGCUGAAGCUUUUUGUCAGGAAGCCUAAGCUCGCAGAGACAAGCCCACCCCACGCCUGUGUGGACUCAGAGUUCGCUGCUGUCACAGCGCUGGGCAGGACCCGCGAAAAAAAUGCCCAUCGAGUUAAUCUGCUCAGCUGGACCAGAGGCCAGGGUGCGGAGAGUCACCCCGGGGCCCUGCGGCUUCUCCUGUCCCCACCCCCCACCCCCAGCGGCGCAGAGGCGGACGUGCCCCCGGCCGGGGCUCCCGGAGAGGCUGGCGCAGAGCAGGCGCCCUGGACCAGGGUCUCGGGGGUCCCCGGAGCAGUCACGUGCUCCCGCGACGUCUCUAAAUCCCCCGCGGCUCCUCGCCCCCGCUCUCCGCCGCUGCCGCAGGUGCAGGAGCGACAGCGCGGCCGCGUCCCCCGAGCCGAGGGCCUGCAGCGCCGGACGCCCCGAGGACUACAAUAUGGAUUUAGAGCUCGAGGAGUAUUAUAACAAGACGCUUGUUGCAGAGAAUGAUACCACUUCCACUCGGAAUUCUGAUUUCCCAGUCUGGGAUGACUAUAAAAGCAGUGUAGAUGACCUACAGUAUUUUCUGAUUGGACUCUAUACAUUUGUAAGUCUUCUUGGUUUUAUGGGGAAUCUACUGAUUUUAAUGGCUCUCAUGAAAAGGCGUAAUCAGAAGACGACAGUAAAUUUUCUCAUAGGAAAUCUGGCCUUUUCUGAUAUCUUGGUUGUGCUGUUCUGCUCCCCUUUCACGCUGACCUCCAUCUUGCUGGAUCAGUGGAUGUUCGGGAAAGUCAUGUGCCAUGUUAUGCCUUUCCUUCAAUGUGUAUCUGUUUUGGUUUCAACUUUAAUUUUAAUAUCCAUUGCCAUUGUCAGGUAUCAUAUGAUAAAACAUCCUAUAUCUAAUAACUUGACAGCAAACCAUGGCUACUUUCUCAUAGCUACUGUCUGGACAUUAGGUUUUGCAAUUUGUUCUCCCCUUCCAGUGUUUCACAGUCUUGUGGAACUUCAGGAAACAUUUGGCUCAGCGUUGCUGAGCAGCAGAUACUUAUGUGUUGAAUCAUGGCCGUCUGACUCAUACAGAAUUGCCUUUACUAUCUCUUUAUUGCUGGUUCAGUAUAUUCUGCCCUUAAUUUGUCUAACUGUAAGUCAUACAAGUGUCUGCAGGAGUGUAAGCUGUGGGUUGUCAAACAAAGAAAGUAGGCUGGAAGAAAAUGAGAUGAUCAACUUAACUCUCCAUCCAUCCAAAAAAAGUGGGCCUCAGGUGAAACUCUCCAGUCGGCAUAAAUGGAGUUACUCAUUCAUCAGAAAGCACAGAAGACGGUACAGCAAGAAGACAGCAUGUGUGCUCCCUGCUCCAGCCAGACCUUCUCACCAGAACCAUGUGAGAACACUUCCAGGAAACCUCCGCGCUGGGAGAAGUCAGCUCUCUUCAUCCAGUAAGUUCAUACCAGGGGUCCCCACUUGCUUUGAGAUGAAACCAGAAGAAAACUCAGAUGCUCAUGAAAUGAGAAUAAAACGUUCUGUCAAGAGAAUAAAAAAGAGAUCUCGAAGUGUUUUCUACAGACUGACUGUGCUGAUAUUAGUGUUUGCUGUGAGUUGGAUGCCCCUACAUCUUUUCCACGUAGUAACUGACUUUAAUGAUAACCUUAUUUCCAAUAGGCAUUUCAAGUUGGUGUAUUGCAUUUGUCAUUUGUUAGGCAUGAUGUCCUGUUGUCUUAAUCCAAUUCUGUAUGGAUUUCUUAAUAAUGGCAUUAAAGCUGACUUAAUGUCCCUUAUACACUGUCUUCAUAUGUCAUAGAACUGGUUACUAAGGAAAGAACAAAUGUUGAAGUCAUCUAAGACAUCUUCAUGAUAACUAUGUCUGUAUAAUAAAUAUAGAAAUUUUGUUAAUACAUGGAAUUAAUUUAUGUCAAAGAGUUCAGGAUUUGAAUGUCAGUUUAUAAUAGAUGGAAGAUAAUUUUAAUAUUAUUAAUUUAUUUAGUUGUACAAAGUCAGUGUCAAUCCAAUCUGUAAUUUUAUUUUGAAAAGUAGUAUUAUGCUGUAUUUCAUGUUGUCUUAUAAAAAAUGAAUUGUAUUUUUUGCUUGAAAUAAAAAUUAUAUUUAACCAA